AGUGGGUCAGCCCGCCCAUCUACUGUUGGUUUAAUUUAGUUAGACUCGGGAAGGUCGCAGGGUGUACCCACCGGCAUGGCUCAGGCGUAACCCAGCAGGCUUCUGCGCCAUCCGCGACCCUCCGGGCACUGUGGUGCGUGGUGUCGAGACAAGUUCCGCUGGCGGCCGCAGAGGGGGCAGAUGGGAGGAAGAAGGAGAGCAGGGCCCAUGCCAUUCGAAGAACGCGAUCACGACCUCAUCAUGGGACUCCCCGCUGCCGGUCUCAUCCUGAUAUAAAGCAGCCCGCCACACCCACCGGGCCCUCUAGUGCUCUGCCCCGCAGCGAACACACUCCAGCAAGAUGCGCGCGUACUACAUGGACGAAGACCCCAGCGACCAGCGCCUCCCGCACGACAGCGGGGUCGCUGUCCCCGAGGAGAUCCUCGACAAGCUCGGUGUCCUCCGCUGGUACAUCCCCGUCGACGCCGAGGGCAAGUGGGAGAGCCAGGUCGACGUGAUCGCCGACGAGCGCAGCUACCGCAACCGCGACAUCGUCUUCGUCACCAAGGAGGGCAUGGGCGACCAGUUCGAGGCGAACUUGAAGAAGUUCUACCACGAGCACAUGCACGAGGAUGAGGAGAUCAGGUAUAUCAUCGAGGGCGGCGGUUACUUCGACGUCCGGGAGUCCCCGACCGACUCCUGGAUCCGUCUUCACCUCGGUUCGGGCGACAUGAUCGUCCUCCCGGCUGGCAUCUACCACCGCUUCGGCCUCGACACGAACAUGAGGUCGCGCACCAUGCGUCUCUUCAAGGACGAGCCGAAGUGGAUUGCGCACUACCGCGGCGAGCACACCGACACGAACCCGUUCAGGAUCGACUACCUGAAGAACCUUCAGAGCAAUGGUGUUGCGGUCGGCGCCUAAGCAGAGGUCACGCACGCGUAUGUACGGUGUCUGAAUUGUGAGCAGUACUAGAAGCGGUGUACGAGAAUGUAGUCGAUUCACAGAUACACGUGGUGGUCGUCCCUAGGAACGAGUGGAUGUGGACAAGAGCAGUGCAUUAGAUCUGCAGUCGAUGUGUCACUUCCUGUGCUGGGCGACUGCCAGUGGACCGCGUACCAAUACUAAUCAUGCCCAUAGCAUCUGAAGCUGGCGCAAGAGGGCCGGGCUUCCACCCUUCUGUGUCUCGUGAGAGCGUGCAUCAGAGUCCAAGCUAUCCGGAUUCCGAAUACAGACUAUCCGAAUGUAGGAGGUCUACGAGGACAACGGUAUGCUGUGGUACUG